AUGUCCGCCCAGCCGAGCUUGCAGCUCGACACCGCCUCGCUCCGCCCGUCCGCUACCUCCGCUUCCACCAGACCAUCCCCUAUCGGCGCGCCGGCGCUCACUACCUUCCCUAAUCCCUUUUCCGACGAGCCCGAGCCUGGGAUCAUACCGUCUUUCCUCUCAAAGGUCAAAUCGACAUUCUCAGCGGCUACUGUCACGGCUCCCUCGGUACCCCCUGCGGCUGCGAAGGGUGCAGAUAGGGGUCCUUUGUCUCUCCUCAAAGAGAGCGAUGAGGGUUCCGGUUCGAGAAGCGCCAGUGGAGGAGGAGGAGGAGGCGCCAUGGCGGCCGCAUCCACAGGUGGUUGUGCGCCAGUGCAAACGGAGGCACAGCGUAUAGUCGCAGAAGCAAAAGAGAUGGCGUCCUCGGGGAAGCAGGCGAAACCUGUACCGAUCAUGGGACCCCCUCCGACUAUCGGGAACACGGAAGGACCAUCCCCUCGAGGCAGUCGUCAGUCGCUCAACUCGUCGGAAACACCCCUAUCCCCUCAGCGCGGACAGAGCGGCUCGAGAUCGCUCAGACCACCUCCUCUCGCCCCUUCAUCACGUAGCGGCUCGUCCCGCCCACCAUCCCUCACACCCAGCGCCCCAUCUAUGGGUCCCGGAAGGCGUCUCGUACCUCCCGGGGAGCGGCAGUGGCGCCCAGCCGGUGCUGCCCCGGCUCAAGUGACAGUCUCGCCCGUCACGAGCCUGACUACCACCGUACAAUCUUCCGGAAACGCCGAAGCAGGUCCCAGCGCCGCUCCAGCACAACAACGUGCCGCCCUUCGUGCGCACUUUGGGCUACAAUCGGCCGUCACUCCCUCGGUUGCCCAUUCUCCGGGAUUCCGGAAACAUGCCCAUCGCGACUCGCUUAGCAGUCUCCGUCCGCGGCGUUCAUCAUUCGCGACUAUCCCGGACUCGCCCUCGUCGGUCUCGCUUUCGGCGAUGGUGCAUAACGCGGAAAUCAAUCAGAACAUGUCGUACGUGCCGGGCUUCCCGCUAGGGCAGGACGACACGAGGAGUAUCAGGAGUAUGGGGAUGGUCAAGAAGACGAAUAGUGUCAGUCGAAUCAUUAGGCGGAUCAGAGGAGAGGGAUUGAGCAAGCAUUACUGGAUGGCGGAUGAGCAUUGCAAGGAAUGCUAUGACUGCAAGUCGGUCUUCACUGCGUGGCGCCGGAAACACCAUUGUCGGAUAUGCGGUCAAAUCUUCUGCAGUCGCUGCGCAUCCAACAUCAUCGGCGCCAGGCGUUUCGGUCAAGAAGGAGCAGUACGAGUCUGCAAUCUCUGCCUAAAGAUUAUGGAGGAGUACCGCGACGACGAUGAUGACGACCGUCACUCUAUCGCUUCUAUGGCUACCUCGGCCCGCAUGCCCAGCAUGUCGGACCGGGCCUUCCUAGACGCCGCCAUGUCCCCAGACAUGUCCCUCGCCAAGUCUCCCUUCGCGGCCAGUCAGCUCUUCUCGACCAAUCCGGACGACACGCUCGGGGCAAUCGAAGAAGGCGUAGCGACAGGCUGGGGCGUAGAGAGUCAAGCGGCUCAUCGGCCGUACUCGCCAGAAGGGUCAGAAGAGGAGGAUGAGGGGAUAUGGACGAUGAGGCCAAAUACAGCCAUCCCUUUCAGGCGGCCAAUGGAGGAGGAUCAGAAGGACGUGUCGCAGCCGGGAUCCGAAACGGCAUCGCUCAAUGCGCCGUUUGACGAUUCCUCGUCCCCGUCCACGCCGGUCGUGGAGAGCUCGGAAGAGGGGGCGAUGAGCGGCGGAGUGGACGAGUCGCCGUUUCCGAGGUCGGAUACGAUGUCGAGCGAUGGAGGGGAUCGGACGGCGUUGAGUAGGGUGGACUCGAAUCUGCCUUUGAUCGGGCUGCGGAGCAGAUUGAGCUCGCGGACUAGUCAAGGAGGAUUGACGGCUUUGAUUGAUGAGAGAGGGGAUGGGCUAUGGCGAGCGAGGUCAAACUCUGUUGUGAAACGACCAGAAAUCAUAGCCGGAAGCAGUCUUCACCACUUUCACCUCAUGCUGGAACAAGCGAUCGUCCGCUCCGGCCUCGACAACGCCUCAGAAUGGCAUCAGACCCUGAGCGAGGUCCUUCUCAAGGUAUCUUCGCAUAUCCGGCCAAACGUGCGCGCUGGGGACUUUAUCGACGUCCGUGCAUACGUCAAGAUCAAAAAGGUUCCAGGCGGGAAGAUCAGCGACUCGGAAUAUGUCGACGGGAUUGUCAUCUCCAAGAACGUCGCUCAUAAGGCUAUGGCCCGGCGCCUCGUCAAUCCCCGCAUCAUGAUUGUUACUUUCCCCCUCGACUACCAUCGGAUCGAACACCAGUUCAUGUCCCUCGACCCCAUCAUGGCGCAGGAGAAGGACUAUCUCCGCCUCCUGACUCGGCGAAUCAUCGACGUUCGGCCACAUAUCGUGCUCGUCGAGCGCUCGGCAUCCAGGUUGGCGCUGGACCACCUCCUCGAGGCGGGCAUCGCCGUUGCGAGGAGUGUCAAGCUGUCGGCCAUCCAUCAGGUCGCACGAUGCACCCAGGCGGAUGUCGUGGCGUCGAUGGACAGGCUGGCGCUCGAGCCGAGACUAGGGCGGUGCUCUGAGUUCCGGAUCCAGUCGUUCGAUCACGACCUCAUACCCGGACGGCGGAAGACACUUAUGCGGUUCGAGGGGUGUCAGCAGGAGUAUGGAUGUACCAUCAUUCUUCGGGGAGGGGACUUGCCGACUUUGCGCAAGGUCAAAGUCAUUGCGGACUUUAUGGCCUUUGUGGUGUAUCAACUCAAGAACGAGGUGAUUCUCUACUCGGACGAACACAAUAUCCUACCUAUCCGCCCUCCCCUUUCUACAGAGUAUCAGCAGCUCCUCGCCAGGCUCGCAGAGAAAGACAUCCUUGGUCCCGCUCAUUCCAAGGAGAGCACCCUCACCAUUGGCAAGGCGGACUCGCCUACCACACCUAGCCUGGAUAGGGUCGAGGCGCAAGAGGAGGACAAAGAGCUGGAGCGGAGAGAGGCGGGAAUGCAAACGAGGGAAAUCGCCAUGUCGCUCGAGCCAUACUUGACGACCAUCCUCUCGGCGUCGGUCUCGAUCCGAUUUCCGCCGCCGGUCCCACUCGCCAAGAUGGCGGAGCUGGAUCGGGACCUGACGGUGCUGCGUAGGAGGCGGGAUGAGGACGAGGCGAAGCAGAUCCUGCAGGAGGAGACUAAGGAAACGGUCAAAAUAUCGGUUCCUCCGGUGCUGGACAUCGACAUGUCAGGGACGGGGGCGACUGCGCCGGACACAUCGGCAUCCGCCAUCACGGAGAAGGAUGCCGGAAGCACCAUCCAGAUCCCGGUCGGCAAGGGUCGGGCGCGAGACCCAUACCGGGUACUUCGGAAGCCCGAGGAGAUCAGCCGAGAGUCGGCUCUCGCGCAGGUCGAGCACGACCACGCUGAGCAGAUCAAGCUGUGGCAGUGGUACACUCGGCGUCAUACGGGUCCGCUCCGGCCGGAAGACCAUCAGGGUAUCGUCUACCUGUACUCGCUCGGCUGCGAAGGCGGAGAGCGGCCCUGCGUCGAGCCAAAGCUGGAGCAUAUCAACUUUUACCAGCCGGACGACCUUACUGUUGGUCAGUUCCUCGAACAACUAGCGGCGGACGCUGUCAAGCGGUGCCCUAGCAAAACAUGCGAGCGGCUCCAGCUCUUCCAUUUCCGGCUGCUUGUCCACGGCGACCGUCGGCUUCAGCUGGCAAUGGACCAGUUCCCCUGUCCCUCUCCCGGCGACGAGGACCGGAUCAUCACCUGGAGCUACUGCCGUCUCUGCGCAACCCCCUCGCCCACUACCAUCAUGCGGGAUGAGACGUGGAAGAUGUCCUGGGGCGCCUAUCUGGAGCACUGUUUCUACCCUCCCGAGACUCCUGCUGGCUUCUCGUGCCCGCACGACGCGUACCGUGAUCAGAUCCGGUACUUUGCCCAUCGCAACCUCGCCAUUCGGAUCCAUAACGAAAAUAUUGACGUCUACGAGCCGGUCCGGCCGAGCAUCACCCUCCAGACCAAACCGGAAACCAAGGUUCUGCUCAAGAACCAAGAGUACGAGAGUAUACUACAAAAGAAUACGGCGUACUUUGAUUCAGUCCUCUUUCGCCUCCGGGCAUUCGACUAUGAUAUCUGCCAGCCGGAGAAGGUCGGCUCGCUUCGCGCGGCGCUGGAGGGCAUGCUUUCGCGCGCGGUAGCGGACCGGGAGGAGCUCGUCACGCUUCUCAACAGGACAUACAAGUUGACGCCCAUGACGGAUGUCCUCGCGCUCAAUACGGUACUUCGGACACUGCAGGACAAGGUCGUGCAGUGGGACUCGGACUUUGCCGAUAUCGAAAAGACCUUCCUACCCUCCGAGAAGGAUCUACGGCGGAUGACGGCCACGCAUCUCAAGCGGCUGUUUGCGGCGCAGGAUGGGUACUCGACUCUCGAUCGAAGCGUCAUGGGGUCGACGGUAUCAGAAGGGGACGAGAAGGAGGGCAAGUCGGUACUGGGAGACGAGGUGUCGCUCGGUUCUGGCGCGUCUACGCCGGCGGAGAUGGAUACUGGGCUGUUGGCGCCCCCAUCAGAGGGUAGCGCCAUGAGCUCAGCGUCGUCCUCUCCCAGCGAUGGGAUGACGCCUAUGAAUGUCGUCAUGGCGACGACUCGAAACCCCCUGUCCCAGCCGUCCACGCCGGAUACGGAUGAUACCGACUCGGACUCGACUAUCGGGGCCAAGCAUAAAACGGCGCUACCACGUCCCUCCCCGAGCUACGGGCUGGGGAUCGAGUCGAGCGAGAUGGACAGUGACUACUUUGUUUCCAGACUGCCUAGGCGGACAAAGCCGGCUGCAAGCAUUGCCGACCUCGUCAAGCGAUUCCAGGAGACGUCCGCCCAGUUUGAAGCGAGCGAGGAGGUCCAAGCGGAGCGGCCCCGGUCUUCUGCUUCUCUUCGGCGAAGCCAGCGUCGUCAAGCUGUCGAGCCUUCGGACACGGAUGAUGCGCCUGCUGCCCGUCCUCGUCUACGGAGAGGCAAAACCGAACAGCUUCCUGCCCGCCACCGUGAUGGCGCGCGGUCCGGUCUCGCCUCGGACGGUGAUCGGAGCUACGCCCAUCAUGCAGCUCGUAUACCUCACAGCGGGACUGCUCGGCGAAGCAUAUUGAGUCCGGAAGCGCGACCAGCCCUGUCCCGCAGCCGAACCAGUGAUCUCUCGCGGUCACCCUCUCUUGCAGAGUCGAGCCCAUCGUCCAGCCUGCUCGCUCCGCCCAUGCCCGCUCGCACCGGCGGUGAGGGUAAGCCCAGACCGCUGGGCAAGGGCAAAUUGCCCCGCGCCGAAAGUGCACCUCGCAUCACCACCUCGGCAUCCCGCCCGUCAAACAAGCGGAAUCUUACGGUCACUCCUGGUAAUCGCGUCACAUCCAUCGCACGCCACUUUGACCGUCUCUCGCGCGAGGCGGAGCGGGAACGGCAGAAGCGUAUCUCGAUGGUGCGGAACAAGCGGGCUCGACCGGUCGCGGCGACCAAGGUGAAGGAGCAGGUGUUUGACAACGUCCGGGAUGCGUUCCGGGACGAGUUUGACACAGACUCGUCCGAGGCGGAUAAUGAGGAGGACGAGCAUGGGAGCGAAGACUCGGCAGACUCGGGCGGGAUGGCGCCGACCAACAAGAAGCGGCGGUCCAGGUCACCUUCCAAGUCCCCGAGGAAGUCGCCCAAGGUGGACCUGGCCCCAAUCGAUACCUCGGAGGGCACGUUGGCUCUGCCUGUCCCUGUCGCUGUGCCGGCGAGCGCGGACAAUGCGGUCGAGCCAUCAUCCGAAGCCAUGUCCAUCUCGGGGUCCGGUCAGUCUAUCGCUUCAACCUCGGCUACCAGUGACGCCAAAUCGGAAAUGUCCUUUACGGAUCGCUUGCAGAUCGACCUGCCUACCUUCGAGACGAGCGCGCCGCUACCCAGCGUACCAGUCACCCCUGUCCUCUCUGCCGAGACGGCCGACGAAGGCGGUAUGCCCUCCAUCAGCCACGUCUCGCAGCUCUCCGAAUCCGAGAUGAGCUCGGGAGGCGAACGGUCGUCCAUCCUCAAAACUCUCACAGGCCUCUGGGCAUUCCGUGCAGGUGACUAUACACCGCUCGAAUACCCCCUUUCGGCUGCAGAGCACAUCUUUGCGGAUUCGCGUGUCAUCAUCCGCGAGAAUGAGCCGACCAGCAUUAUCGCUUUCACCCUCACGUCCAAGACGUACCGCGAGAAGAUGCGUGACUUUUUGGCGGCAAAGCAGAAGGGCAAGAAGGAGGCAUUUAUGCCUGAAGAUGCGAGCGGUGGGACGGCGGAUCGGAGCUCGAUGUGGGAUAUUGUCUCGCUGGAUGAGGCAGUCGAGCCGGAUGACUCGUCCAGACGAGAAGGCGGGACGCAUUUGAAAUACGACUUUGACUCUGGCUCAUCUACCAUCUUCUGUCGGAUCUUCUUUGCUGAGCAAUUCGCCGCUCUUCGCUCGGCAUGCCAGUGCGAGGACAGCUUUGUCGAGUCUCUCGCCCGUUGCAUCCAAUUCGACCAGUCUGGCGGGAAGUCUGGCUCAGCCUUCCUCAAGACCCGUGAUGAUCGCUUCAUCUGCAAGGAGAUAUCGAGGCUGGAGAUGGACGCUCUGACCAAGUUUGCUCCUGCAUACUUCGAUUACACGAGAAAGGCAUUCCAGGGACAGCGUCCGACUGUGCUUGCCAAAGUCUACGGCUUCUUCAAGAUCGGGUAUCGGAACGCUGUGACUGGCCGGGCGAUGCGGAUGAACGUGCUGGUCAUGGAGAAUUUGUUCUACGAGCGACGUUUCUCCAAGAUUUACGAUCUCAAGGGGAGUACGAGGAAUCGAUUGAUCCAGGCGACGGGGAAGGUUAACGAGGUCUUGCUGGACGAGAAUCUGAUGGAAAUUGUAUACAAGCACCCCCUCUAUCUCCGCGAGCAUUCGAAGCGGAUCCUUCGCUCAGCGCUCUUCAAUGACACCCUAUUCCUCUCCAACCUCAACGUGAUGGACUACUCGCUCGUCGUAGGAGUGGAUCAAGACAGACAUGAGCUGGUCAUCGGAAUCGUCGACUACAUCCGUACCUUUACCUGGGACAAGAAGCUGGAAUCUUGGGUGAAGGACUCCGGAUUCUUGGGCGGUGCAGGCAAGGGCGAACCAACCAUCGUGACCCCCAAACAAUACAAAACCCGCUUUAGGACUGCGAUGGAUCGGAACUACUUCCUGGCUGUGCCAGACCGGUGGUCCAAGGUCGGAGCGGAGGAGGACAACGCGGAGACAGAAACGAUUGCGACGAGCAUAUGA